AUGUCAACUGCAAGUUCACAUGCUUAUAGCAAUCUCAGUCUAACAUCAAAUCCCCUUGCAACAAUGAUGAAACCCGACAUCAUAUCAAUGACAUCUGGCAGUCAAGUGAUAAAUGUUUCUGGUGGUGGUGGUGGUGCUGGAGGCGGUGAUCUGACGUCGUCAUCAUCUACCACAUCAUUAAAUCGUGCAAAUCCCCCAUCAAAUUCAUUAAACGUCAGCAGUCAUACAUUGGAUAAAGUAAAGGUUGCCAAAGUUACAUUGGAAUAUUAUUACGAUAAUUUAAUUGUUCAAUAUCGAGAACGUCAAAAUAGGUAUAAAAUUUUGGAAUCAAUGAUGGAAAGUGAAGGCUUAAGCGAAGAACAAAAACAAAUCAAGCGUACACAGCAUGCAUUAAAAGAAAGUGAAUUCCUUCGAUUGAAACGGGCGCGAUUAACAGUUGACGAUUUUCUACCUCUAAAAAUAAUUGGAAAAGGUGCUUUCGGUGAAGUGAGGUUAGUCCAGAAACAAGAUAAUGGCUACAUCUAUGCGAUGAAGAUUUUACAUAAAGCAGAUAUGCUACAGAAAGAUCAAGUAGCUCAUGUACGCGCUGAACGUGAUAUUCUAGUCAAAGCAGAUAAUCCUUGGGUUGUGAAAAUGUUUUAUUCAUUUCAAGAUUCAGUGAAUUUGUAUUUAGUUAUGGAAUUUCUUCCUGGGGGUGAUAUGAUGACAUUGUUAAUGAAACGUGAUACACUGACAGAGCCUCAAACACAGUUCUAUAUAGCAGAAACUGUUCUAGCUAUUGAUUCAAUUCAUAAAAUGGGUUUCAUUCAUCGUGAUAUUAAACCGGAUAAUUUGCUACUUGAUGCAAAAGGUCAUAUUAAACUUAGCGAUUUCGGUUUAUGUACAGGCUUGAAAAAGGCACAUCGAACGGAUUUCUACAAAGAUUUAUCUCAAGCGAAACCAAGUGAUUUUUAUUCAAUUAUGAAUUUUAUUCCCUUUACUACCUCUGGUCGCGCGGACUCUCGAAGAAGAGCUGAAGGCUGGAAUAAGAAACGACGCAGAUUAGCGUACUCCACAGUUGGAACACCAGAUUACAUUGCGCCUGAAGUGUUUCAGCAUAAAGGUUAUACAAAUUCGUGUGAUUGGUGGUCACUUGGUGUGAUUAUGUUUGAAAUGCUCAUAGUUUUUCUAUGUGUGUACACAUGCAUACAUUCCUGGUAUCUAAUACAAAUAUCCCACUAAUAGGUAAAUUAUUCUACCAUAUUUAUAUCAUUUUCUCACAAUUUGAAUCGGUGUGAUUAUCUUUGCGCUUACAUGUGUGUUUACGCAACUGAUCGUUGGUGUUGAACAAAUAAAAUCCUGUUUGUCUUACUUAUCUCAGGCUUAAUACACUAAGUUUUCCUGGAUAGUAUUUCUUUGCUACUAUUGCGCCCGAAAAUUUCCUGUGUAAAUACUAUCACUGCUACUAAACUUACAGUCUUCUCAUCUAUAUAUCAAAGUCUAAGAGUCAAUAGCUGUGUGAGGUGAUUAGUGAUUUUUUUAAUCUUAACGAUAGUUGACGAAUAGACGAAUCAGAUUGAAAACUAUAAAGUACUGGACCGAUUUUUGAUCUGUGUUGGCAUUACUCGCAUAUACCCUCUCUUUUAAUUGAGUAGUAACAUUAGGAUAGUCGAAUUUCGAAAUUAGCGCUUAUUGCUAUUCAACCAUCAAGUCGGUUGUCAACACUCCAGCUUUGGCUUUUAGCCAACGGGUCACGGGCGCUAAUCUUCCUCGACCUAUCUCACUCCAAAGCAACUGGGUAGUAUCAUACACUAUGUGUAGAUCGUAACCCCAGGUACAUGUAGGACAAGACCUCUUUUGGGUAAUUGAAUCCAUAUAUGAUC